GUAUCUUUGGCUGCUUGGGCCUCUCUCAUCUCUCGCACGCUCUGUAUUUUUUCCUCGCUAUUCCCGUUAGACCAAAAAUCCACAAUUCGCAACAAUGUCGGCCGCCGCUAAGCGUAUCAUCCCCAUGCUGGACCGCGUCCUGAUCCAGCGCGUCAAGGCUGAGACGAAGACUGCCUCGGGCAUUCUCCUUCCCGAGAAGGCCGUGGAGAAGCUCAACGAGGGCGUCGUCGUCGCGGUUGGCCCCGGCAACGUCACCAAGGAGGGCAAGAACAUCCCCGUGGGUCUCGCCGAGGGCGACCGCGUCCUGCUCCCCUCGUACGGCGGCAGCCCCGUCAAGGUCAGCUCCAGCAAGGACGACGAAUUCCUGCUGUACCGUGCCGAGGAGAUCCUGGCCAAGCUCCAGUAAUUACGUUUAUUGCGAAAAUAAAACCAUCUAGCACCCGCAACCACCGUAGCCCGAGCUCACCGAUUCGUCGACUGUCACUGUGUUGCGCCCUGGGGACCGGCGGAUGGUGGGAGACUCUGCGAUCUUGCUGACCAGCUCCUCCAUCGCCUGCUGCACGCC